UAGUACUUAUAAAGCACAUAUUAAUGCCUUAUUCAGCAUGACCAUAUUCUACAUCCCUUAAUUCUAUCAAAUUCCUAAAUUUAACAACUACCUUACUAACUAUUAAUAAGCAGUAAUUAGGAGGUUAUUGAGGCACAAGUUAUAGUGAAUAGUUAGAUAAUAGUAAGAAGUGGACCCUAAUCUAAAGUGUGUAAUAAAUUAAUAACUAAAAAUAAGUGAUCACAAUGGGUAGAUGAUUACAGAAUUUUCACUUUAAAGCAAAUAAUCUGAAGAAACUAGAAACAUGUUUUUAACAUUUUAUUUUAAGGUGAAAUAAUUGUGCAUCUUCAUUUUCAAAGAUGAGUUUUUUUGGCUUUGUACAAUACUCUUUGAAGUAGAUUGUGGGACUGUAAAUUCCACCACGUCAUUGACACAGACAAUAUAAAGCUGUUCUGCAACAGUGCGGUUUGAGGAAUGAAUGUACUAGUUCCUUUUUCCUCUUGAACAGUAUGUGUCCAUGUGAACAGGGCGACAUGACAAGCAACAGCGGCAUGGCAUAGGGCCUAGCGCUAUUGUUUAAUGAAAAAGGAACAGUGGCGUUUCCCUCACUGGCUCAUUGUUGCUCUCAGCUGAUCCGUCUCAACGGGCUGAGGCCUGUCAAACCCUGCGUUUAGGUAAGCAGUGCUAUUAAGCAGUAACUUGCAGGAAAAUGAUGUUGCACUGAAUUGCACGGCUGGGAUCUGGUCAUAGGCAUUAGGCUGUUGUACACAAUACUGCUGAUAGUACAAACAGUUCAAUAAACAAGAAAUUAUACUUAGUAUAUUUUACAAACAAUAUUGCCAGGUCCUUUUAUCUGUUUGUGUUCCACCAACGAAAAUAGUUACAACAAAGCAACAGCAGAAUUAACACUUACGUCUCUAAGCAACAGUACCGGCUGUUUGUGUUGCUGAAUGAAUCAGUGUUUAUGAACUAAUUGGUUGAUUAAAUGAUUCAAUGACUCAUUCAUAAAGACAGUCACUUUUUGAGUUCCUGAAUUAGUCAGUAUUUCCAAUGAAACGGUUGAAUGUAUGAUUCAAUGACGCGCUCAUAAAGAGUCACUUUUUGCAUUCCUAAAAGAAUUAGUUUUUCCAAUGAAACUGUUUAAUAUAUGUAUUAUUAAAUGACUCACUCAUAAAGACAGUCACUUUUUGCAUUCCUAAAUUAUCAGGUUUUUGUAUGAAACAGUUGAAUGUAUGAUUCAAUGACUCACUCAUAAAGUCACUUUUUGCGUUGCUAAAUUAAUCUGUUUUUCGAAUGAAACGGUUGAAUUAAUGAUUGAAUGUAUGAUUGAUCCACUUUAGACAUUCUACCAUCUAUAAAUAACUUAGCAACUACAUGUGUACUAACUCUCAUUAGAGUAUUAAUAGACUGUCUGCUUAAUAUCGGCAAACACUUUAUUUUAUUUCUCCCCCAACAGACAUUCUAUUGACUAUAAGUAAUUUUACAACUACAAACUAAAUUAUUCUACUUACCCAAACCCUAACACCUAACACUAAUCUUACAGUCUACUAACAGACUACUAAUACUGUAAUAAGAGUCAGUUGACAUGGACAGUAGUUGGCAAGUUACUUAUAGUAAGUAGAAUGUCUAAAGUGGACCAUCAAAAUAAAAGUGUAACCUGAAUGUAAUCAUUUGCCAUGUUGUCAUUGUUAUUUGACCUACGAGCAUCCUUGCUUCACUGCCAUUUACAAAUCCUCUCCCAUGGCCUCAUUAAAGCGUCCAUUACAUGAGCACAUCAGAUUCUCACUGGAAGUAAUAAGUCAUCUGGGAACUUUUUGUCUACUGUUUUACGAAUACUGUGAAUUCUGCCAUACAACGUACUGUUUUUUACCUACUAUAUAGUAGAGAAGUGCGUGAGUUUGGGCGCAGCCAACCACUUUCUGAAAGAAUAUGAGUAAUUCAAUCAUUUGUUCAACCAAUUCAUCCAAAAACACAUAAAGAGUACAUUUUUGCUUACUUAAAUGCAUUGGUUAAUUCAAUGAUUCAAUGACUCACUCAUAAACCAGUCAUUUUUCACAACCUACUGCUGUAAAUAUGUGUUUUUAUGUGUUAUAAUAAAGUGUUUGCUAUUCAUUGCAAAUACCAUCAUACAUCCAAGAUUUACUGCCAACAUGAGCCUACUCUUGCAUAUUUAAAGAAAUUGUUGAUAGCUGUUUGCAAACACACGUUAGACUUCUCUGUUACCAGAGUAGCUUUUAAAAUUCAGAAUAGAUUGCAACAAAGCUUUUUUCUUCAUUUUCUAAAACUCUCUGGCAUUCCCACACGCACGCUCCCUCAAACUCUCUCACGCUCUUUCUCUUUCUUGUGGCUAAUUGACCCAUUUUUCCAGGGGAGAGGUUUGCGUUUGAUUCAGAGAAGGUCAGUGAGUGCGUUUGGGUGGGUCUGUGGUCUAAGAUGUUGGCACAAGCUCUCCGAGACCCUCACCUGAGCCCUUCUCUCACUUCCACACCCUGCCGCCCUUGUGAUCUGUGUAUUUAUGUUUAUUUAUAACAUUUCCUGUGAACCAUGACAAGUAUAUGCCUUUGUUCACCUGUGAAGACUUACCUGACACUGCGAAGCCACUGGGACACAGGAACGAAAAGUAUGAGGCGCUAUUCUUUGGAGAAACUGCUCUAAUUCUAGUCUUGACCUCAGAUUAUUCCUAAGAACGUGGAUUUCUGCCACUCUUCCGUGGUUAAAAAACAAAGGGGUUAAUUUUUUGAUAUUACAUCAUCAUUUAAACUGAGUUUUCCAUCUAUUUGUUUUUCAUUUAGAAGAUUUAAAGGUGGAGUUCAUGUGUUGCGAUGACUCCAGAAUCACAUGAGCCACAUUCCUCAGCCACAUUGCUACAUAAACACCGAAGAUGUUGUGUUAUUCCACAACUUCCCUGCUGCCUGCAUUCUUGCGAGUGGACUGUUUAGUGGACCUUUUGCUCUGGCUCUCUGCAUGGAGGAAUGUGAUAAUGCAUCCCAGCUUUGGCUUAGCCCUGCGGCUGGCCGCCUCGGUCUCUGGCUUCCCAACACGUGUCUGGCUCUGACUCUGCUCCGCUCAGGCCCCCCCGGAGACCUGCGGGACCUAAGAACACCACACACUGCGCGCUCCCUCGAGAGAUCUCCUCUCCAGCGUCACACUAGCAGCACAUUCAAUGACAUCUGUGUGACUGAACACUUUGCUCAUGUGACCAAAUGUCAAAGGCCUGGACGAGCGGCGUGUGUGUCAGUGAGGUGGGGUUUAUGAUGGAAUGUCUGUGAGGUUACAGUGUUCAGGUUUUCAGGCUGGACACAUUAAAUGAGAUUUAUAUGAAGAGGAUUUGCUGGCGUGCUCUCUUGAAUCCAGAAUCUUAAGAGGGCUUUGAAGAUGCUACUGUAGGACUAAACUGAAGUAUACUUUGGCAUUACACACUGUAAAAAAUAAAUCCGUAAAAUAACAGAAAAAGUACUGGCAGCUUAUUAGCCGGGCAUUAUCAAGUAAUUUUAUUAAUAAAAAAGACAUUGCUGGUUUCAAUGAAAAUAAAAGCAGGAAAAUGAUGUGAUAUGCAAAUCUGUCACUGUUAGUUUUUUUUUUUUUUUUUACGUUUUUUAACAGUGGAAUUAUACUACUUUUUUUUUUUUUUAUCUUUGUGUAUUUUCACAGUACACACAGUACUGUAUUUUAUCCCGGAUCACCAAAACGUCACACUUGUACUGUGUUUCAGGCAUCACUACUUUGAAAGAUUCUAUUAUUUUACCCAAGGCUUAAAGCUGCAGUCUGAAAAUGAUCCAAAAUCAAUUUUUGAGCAAGUACAUAACCAGCCAGUGUUCAAAAUUAUCUCCUUAUCUCAGCCCCAUUCACAACGGUAAGCUUGUAAUAAUGUUUUCUAAUUUGAGUGGUACUGGUAGGUUUCAGCAGGAAAAUUCAAGCAUGCCGUUGUUCGUCUUUGUGUCAUUACAUCAUCUGUUUACAUAAAGAAGAAGUCACAGCUAGCAGACCAUAUAUCAUGUGAGGAUGCUGCAGGUGGUGGAUCAUUUAUAGCCUUUUCUCACAGCAGCUGAAAUAAUUAAACAUCAUUUUGAUGGCGGAUAGUAUGUUAUGACAAAUGAAUUAGAGAUUAGACUGAACAGAAAUUGAAAUCUACAGGUAACUCUAAUACACACUAAAUACACAGUCACACAAUGCUGAAGUUGUUAAAAUUAACAAUUUGAGAACAAAGUAUAACAAUAAUAAUAAUUUGCAUGGUUUAAUGUGAUAUGAGCUAAGCGAUCAGUAGAUGUAAUCAUCAUUGGUAGCGCGAUUUAUUGUAAUGCUUUUUUUCUCAGUUGGUCAGAACAAAAGCGGCAGAUUUGUUACUUCAGAUGACAUUCUCCGGUGAAAAUUCUUAUUUUGGUCAUACUUCCAAGACUACAAUCUGUGAUUCCAAAGUACAGUAUCUACCGGUGCGGUGACUGACAGCAAACAUUAGAUUUAUCCAUGCUGAGGAACCAUGCCGAUGCACAACCCAUGUAAAGAUGAUAAUUCUGCAAAUAACUGCAAUUGCAGGAUUCGAACAGAGAUGGCGACAAAGAGGCAAAACUUACAGACUUCAGCUUUAAGUAAGGUAAAUAGCAAAAUCUAUGUAGACUAACUGAAAUGUUUCAAUAACAUAUUUCAGAAAAAUAACAAUAAGCCCAAAGUAUAAUUCAAUUGUCCAUAUUCUGCUGUGGCUCACAGACAGUCCAUGCGGCGUCAUUUUUGUCAUUAGCGUAGUCCGCUGAUGUCCAUGCACACCGUCCACGUGCAGCCCUAUUUUUGUGUCCGCACGGACUUGUGAGAGGUCAAUAUAGUCUAUGUGCGAAGGCUUUGAGAGUUCAAAAACAAAGGUCCUGUAUGCAGUUUUGUGUAUUUUUGCAACUUUGGAGCCCCCCGUCGUAAUUACAGUUGUUAGCCGUACACGUGCAAAUGAUUUCAAAAGCCAAGAAAAAACAUGUCAACUGACAAGGUGAGCAAUAUUAUAACCAUAACAAAAAAAAUGACAGGAAGGUUUAGGUUUUCUUUUUUUUCAAGGCGUAUUGCGCGAGCUGAGCAUACAGAAUACGUGCAGUUAAAAAAAAUCAGACUGUGUGUGAACUAUGAUGACGAAAUUUAUGUCACACACUGUAUGCAUCCUCUGUAGUACGCAUAAAAACUGAAGAAGCCUACACUUUAGGUAGUGUGCACAUGCUGAAUGUAUUCAUCUGGGCUCAUAGUCAGUGAAGUACUGUAUACUUUGAAGGGAGCGCAAAACCAUUUGAAUGAAAGUGAAGUAUACCCUGGCCUUUAAGUUAACCCUGUGUUGACCAUUUUUUUUUUUUUUAAAGAAUUUUUUACUUCAUCGGAAUGGUAGAAAACUUGGUAAAGGUUUGAACACACACACACACAAAUAGUCUCACUUGUGCUCCUUGCGGUCAAAAAUGGAAAUGAAUGGGAGACGAAUUUUAUUUAGUGAAAACUUUUGGUACUGCGGCCAAACAAAAUCUUACUGAAAGUUAAUUUUUUGAGCUAUCAAGUUCAAAUUUGGAACACAACUUGUAUAGAUUUAUGGCUUUGAUUUUCUUGCAGUUUUAAAGUAAAAUGUGUUCUUGAAAAUAUAUAUUUCAUAUAAAAAUUGAUAGUAUUCUUGUGCAUUUUUCAUAACAAUAAACGUAAAAUUCUGUAACUUUUAAAAAAAAACUUUUUUAAUUUCAGCAAUAAUUUACCAAGUGUCAAAAUAUUAAAUAAAAAAACAUAAAGAACUAAAAUAUAGUACAUACAUUUCUGUCAUUUUUGACCGACACGCGAAGAGCACCAGAGGGUUAAAAUCAUGUAAAAACCAUGUAUAUUUCAGGUCACUCCAGCUAAUCCUUGUUCAAGAAUAAACAUUCAAAUUUUCAACAAUAAGUCGUUAUUCACUGAUAAUCAUUAUGGAGGGCAUCAUGACAUUCAAAUCUUAUUUAACUAUUUAAAUGCCAUGUUAGAACAGCAUUACAACAGGUUUGAUGUCCAUGAUGGCUCUUACACUCCUGAUUUAGCACAGAAUAACAGCUCAUUUACAAGUCAUGGUAAAUGAUAAACAGUUUAUUUUACCCAGUGCAAAACGACACCUGUGCAUAGAUUACUGCGGGUGUUUUGGCAGUACAGAGAAGGGUGACCUGUCUGUGUGUUAAGUAAUGCAGUACUUAGAGAGUAUUAUGACCAGACUCUUUAAUGAUAAGGCUUUGGCCCGUGGAGUGUCCGUGUUGUCUGCCAUAGAUCUGCUGUUGGAGACUGCAGGUCUCUAAAGUGCGAAGAGGUUAAAGAGCAUUUAAGGUUGAGAGCUGGACCAUCUGAUUCUACAGCCAUCCCAGAAUAUCCCGGUCAGCUGGUCUCCCUGAGUGACGGAGCUUAUAGAAUAGCUCGUCCCACAUGAUGGUGGGAAGGUGGCUGUGUCAGCAGGCACUCGGUGUGUGAGUGUGCGCUCAUGUGCCCUUUGUACUGCCUGCUAUGCGCAGUGGUAUGUAUCUAAAGGUCGAGGGGAGGUACAUGAGGCUCCAGCGGGGAGAUAUCGGGCCACUCGUUGCCCUGGUUCCCAAAGGCCAAAAUGACACUGUCAACUUUGAAUCUUACAGGAUUAUUUGUAUCUUACAGGAUUAUAUCAGGGAACUCAGAAUAGUGUCAUAUCAAGUUUUCUUGUAUACAUGAAUGCUUAAGUCUAACUUAAGUGACAGUACUGAUUACAGAAGCAUUUUUGGGCCCAGGCAGCUCUGAUCAACUCGGAACAAAGUGGAACAAACAGACGCCCCCCUGGUGGAGCUUACAGGGGCUCGGCACCGGCAGCGCUGUUGUAAUCCAGCUGUCGGCCACAUGUGUGCGAUGGGGUCGUUGAGUCCAUACCCAGCUCUACAUCAUAUCCUUUCUUUCAGCAUGGCUGCAGACCACAAUGCUGUGAUGAACUGAAGGUGACUAAAGAACCUUGGUUUAGUUCAGAAGGUUCUAGGCUCUUCUAGUUGGAGAUGGAUGUAGUGUGAAAAUGCUGAGGAAAGCCCUUCUGUGGAUGAGAAGGAGGGGCUGUUGGGCCUAAUCCUGUUAUCCCAACCUUUUUAAUCCAGCUCCAGUCAGUCUUUACACCUCUUCAGUCACACAAAUACAAACACACUUCCAAUACAAAUACAUUGCAGACAUCAUGGAGGACAGCAUGAUGCUAGGUGUUGAAGGGAUCAAGAAGACCAUCUUGUAUGGAGGGUCUAGUGAGAAGCCCAAAUUUAUCACAGGAACUAAGGUGACGUUUCAUUUCCGCACACAGCUCUGCAAUGAUGAUCGCACCGUGAUAGAUGACAGUAAAAAGACGGGUAUGCCCAUGGAAAUGGUGAUCGGGAACAUGUUUAAACUGGAUGUCUGGGAGACUCUGCUCACGUCCAUGCACAUAGGGGAGGUGGCUGAGUUCUGGUGUGAUGUCAUUCACACCGGAUUGUAUCCAAUAGUGGCAAAGAGUCUGCGGCGUAUCGCAGUGGGGAAAGAUCCAGUGGACUGGCACAUUCACACCUGCGGCAUGGCCAACAUGUUUGCCUACCACAGCCUGGGCUAUGACGAUCUGGACGAGCUUCAGAAAGAACCACAGCCUCUUUACUUUGUAAUGGAACUUCUGAAGGUACAGCAGCCCAGUGAGUAUGACAGAGAGUCCUGGGCUCUGAGCGAUGCGGAGAGGGUGAAAGUGGUACCUGUGCUCCACGGUCAAGGGAACAAGCUCUUCAAACAGGGUCGAUAUGAGGACGCCACAAUGAAAUAUAAAGAAGCCAUUGUGUGUAUCAAGAAUGUGCAGUCAAAGGAAAAGGCAUGGGAAGCUCCCUGGCUAAAACUGGAGAAGAUGGCCAACAUGCUUACUUUAAACUACUGUCAGUGUCUGCUCCGCAUGGAGGAGUACUAUGAGGUCAUCGAACACACAACUGACAUCAUCAACCAGCACCCUGGGGCGAUGAAAGCCUUCUAUCUGCGUGGCAAAGCGCACAUGGAGGUGUGGAAUGAAGCCGAGGCCAGAGAUGAUUUCAUGCGAGUGCUGGAUCUGGAUCCUGGCAUGAAAAAGACAAUCAAGAAAGAGCUUGCCGUUCUCAAAAUGAGAAUGGAAUUAAAAAAUGAGGAGGACAGACUGAAGUACAAGGACAUGUUCACAAAAAUAGCAAGGGACCAAGAGUCUCUAGAGCUGGAGAUUCCAGAUCAAGAGAUUCCACAGCAAAAAUCGCCAGAACAAGAGAGUCGAGAGCAACCACCACCAGAACAAGAGAGUCGAGAGCAAAAAUCACCAGAACAAGAGAGUCGAGAGCAAACAUCACCAGAACAAGAGAGUCCAGAGCAAAAAUCACCAGAACAAGAGAGUCCAGAGCAAAAAUCACCAGAACAAGAGAGUCCAGAGCAAAAUCACCCGUACAAGAGAGUCCAGAGCAAACAUCACCCGUACAAGAGAGUCCAGAGCAAACAUCACCAGAACAAGAGAGUCGAGAGCAAAAAUCACCAGAACAAGAGAGUCGAGAGCAAAAAUCACCAGAACAAGAGAGUCCAGAGCAAACAUCACCCGUACAAGAGAGUCCAGAGCAAAAAUCACCAGAACAAGAGAGUCCAGAGCAAACAUCACCCGUACAAGAGAGUCCAGAGCAAAAAUCACCAGAACAAGAGAGUCCAGAGCAAACAUCACCAGAACAAGAGAGUCGAGAGCAAAAAUCACCAGAACAAGAGAGUCCAGAGCAAACAUCACCCGUACAAGUGAGUCCAGAGCAAACAUCACCCGUACAAGAGAGUCCAGAGCAAACAUCACCUGUACAAGAGAGUCCAGAGCAAACAUCACCAGAACAAGAAAGUCGAGA